AGAUUCUUUUGUCCGAUGUGUCAGGACGUGAUCAGCUGGAGUCUGACACUGAGACACAACAACGUCCUCGGAUGUGGCUAGCUAGACAUGCUAGUUAGAUAUGCUAAGAUAAGUUUCUCAUGCAGUCAUACCUUCGUGUCAGUGAUUUCCAGAUUUUUACAUCCCGAGUGUCGUGUUCUAAGAGUCUGCUCCCCUUCACGAUUAAGUAGUGCUGGUUGUUCAGCUAAAUACGUGGCAUGUAACGCUAGCCUGUCUCCGCUUGUUUACAACAUGAAGCUAACGCUAGCUCCGUGUUAGCAUGUCAGCGCUGACAUGCCAGUGUGCUGCGUGCAGACGUAGAGCUGUCACUACACUGUAAGCACAUGUGACAACCUGUGGAUGACAGUAAGAUUUGUCGAUGUUUUCAAUCGAAGUAAGGCGCUAGCUUAAGAGCUUUGUGUGUAACGGUUAGCUUGUUAGCAUGUUUUCUGCAGGUUUGUGUGUCAGACGGGAUGCUGCAGUCUGCACCGAGUCUCAGACAACAUGUAGAGAACUCUCCGGCAGUAACAUUUCAACGUCAUGCCUGUGUCCUAACAUGUUCGUGAGCUAACUCGUGCACGAUCAAUGGUUUCACGUUAGCUCAAUUUACAGUCAUUUCUGCUCAGGGACGUCUCUCUGCUCGAUCUUUAACUCGCCACAUCACUAAUCCCUGAACCUGAGCUGUCUGGGCUGCAAGAUCGGUGCCAUCUAACACCUUCACAGCCGCAGUGAUGUUACAGCGCUGUGUGUACAGGACGUUUUGUUUGUCAGCUCGGAGGAAAAGCUGAUUUUUUUAGGUUGUGAGCCUAAGAUGCUCAAGUAAAGAUAAUCCAACAUAAUGGAAAGACAUAACUUCGUCGGCCCGGGUUGGACAAAUGGAUGAAAUCGUGUAGAUACAGUAGAGGAGUUUGAAGACAGUAUAAUGCAAAAGAAGAUGAAAAUUCCCAAGAUGUCCAUCAAGAAUUCAGGAAACUCUUUAGAGAACAAUUUUGGGGAGGACAGAAUGCCACUCAGACAUAAAAAGGCCCUUUCUCAGGACCACGGACGCCCUCUUUCCAACUCAUCCAAGAGCCUGGCAGCAGUCGUAGCUCGCCUGGAGCGAAAUGCAGCCAGCUCCUGUAUGGAGGGCGAAGAGGACCUGGAUGAGGAUCGGCUGGCCGAGGAGGUAGAUGAUGCAGACGACGAAGAUGAAGAUAUGGAGGCAGAACAUCAGCAGCACCAUCACCAUCAGCCACAGCAGCAUUUAGAGGUGGACACAGAUUGUGUGUCUGGGGUAGCAGCGGCUGUGGUUCCUAGAGUCCUGUACGAGGAGCUAGUUCAUAGCUACAGACAACAAGAAGAGGAGAUGAGGAGGCUGCAGCAGGAGCUGGAGAGAACCCGCAGACAGCUGGUGCAGCAGGCCAAGAAGCUGAAGGAAUAUGGAAGCUUGCUGACAGAAGUCAAAGAACUGAGGGACUUCAACAGGAGGCUGCAAGACGUACUACUCAUGAGACUUGGCAGUGAGCCUAUGCAUGACAAUGGCACUCAGACAAUCAAGGCUGAAGUGGUUGAACCGAUUGUAGAGGUCCAAGAGACAUGCAGAGAAGAAGCCAACACCAGUUCCAGCUAUUCACCCUCACCCAGAACAGUGUACACCUGCAACGAUGGAAAGGUACACCUCGGUGGAGGUAUUUGGGUAGAGGAGGAGAAGUGGCACCAGCUACAGCGGACCCAGGGAGACUCUAAGUUCACAAAGAACCUGGCUGUCAUGAUCUGGGGCACAGAAACCCUUAAGAACCGUAGUGUCACUGGAGUAGCCACCAAAAAGAAGAAAGAUGCCCUGCCCAAACCUCCACUGUCGCCCAGCAAACUGAAAAUCGUCAGAGAGUGUCUCUACGACAGAGUGUCUCAAGAGACAGCCGACAGUGCAGAGAUUACACAGAGAUUGUCCAAAGUGAACAAAUACAUUUGUGAAAAGAUUAUGGACAUCAACAAGUCCAUCAAGAACGAGGAGCGGCGGGAGUCCAAGCUGCUCAUCAGACAGACAGUCAAGAUGGAGAACUUCACCUACGACGGCAUGUAGUGGUCAGCAGUUGUCACGCCAGCGCCUUCUGCCCAGGAUUUAGAGGGGACUUGAUAUGGGGGAUUGGAGGAUUUUUGCCAGAGUUUCAGGAGCAGUUUUUUUUUUGUAUUUUGUUGACACAUUGGAUUUGUUAUUCUGUGAAACUCUUAAACAAAUAGACUGUUUCCCAGCCUCCCAAGCAACCAUCAGCUUCCUCAGUGCCCAGUUCCCUCAUUGGCCAGCAGACAGCUUUACCCACCUUCUUCACCAAGUUGAUAUGAGCUGGUAUGAGUGGUUUUAUAAGCUUUACAGUGGUAUUGGUACGGAGACAUGGUUUAUUGAUGUGUGUGCAUUUAUGUCAAAGGUGAGAUUAGAUGUAAUUGUUAAAUUGAUUUAUUGUUCUGUGUCAGAACAUCAUUUUCCUUAAACUUUUAAAAAGUAAGGUUAUUUACAUGGGCAAAGUCUUAUGAUGCUACAAAGAUAAUGAUAAUAGCUUGCAUUAGAUCAUAGUGGUUUGAACUGUUGGAUGUUUAGGUGACAACCCUAUAACUGCUGAGAGUUUGUGGUUGGUACUUAAUGUGUAGAAAGGGACAUCAGGGUGUCAAAUGCACAAGUCUUAAUUGGUAACAGCCAUACUACGUUUUGCAACGGAGAUUCUGUUUCUCCAAGAGAUUAAUUAUUCCCCAUAACUAUAGGUCAAUCGUAACACGCCACUUCAUUAUGAAGUGUGCUUACGGAGGUUUAAUGACUCUGAUGUGGAGUCCAAAGAGUGAUAUUUGUAUUUCCAAAUGUUUUUUAUGUUGACCUUUUAGGUCCGAGCAAUUGCCAUCAUGAGAGAGCACAAGGAAAGCUUUAGAUUGGUAAUUCCUGUGUUACUCUUAACCAAACAAGUCACUUUCAGGCAGUUUGACUGUUGAAUUAGUUCUAGUGGUACAGGCAUGUUGGUGCCGAGAAAGGCCUUAAAUGGAUUUGGCAAUCACCAGGGGCUUGUGUGCCUCUGGAUUUUCUAGUAGGCUGUGAUUGUAAAUGUACAGGAAGCUGGUUAACGCUUCACCUGCACUUUACUGUGAGAAUGCAACAGGUGGCCAUAGGUACUUUUGUGUGUGAUUUGCUCCAUCAAUUUGAGCUGAGCUGAGCUACUUGCUAACCCACCACUUGUCCUGUAUUUAAAAGACGCUGUGCUGCAUGGGGCGAUGUAGGGGGAUGAAACUCAAGGCAAAGUUAGCACAGUUCAGGUCGUGAUGUUGUGGGCAGUGUUAGCUGUGGGUAAAGCUGUCUGUCUCUCUAUUGAACUGUUGAAGAUUUCUGGGCCUGUUGAACCCAAAAUAACCCCCCUCUUUUUUAAGACAGCCACUGGGGAACAAAGUAAGGUCGCUCCAGUGACAAUUUCCUCUGAACUAUACCAGAACUUUGAAAAAGUCCUCUCUUUCUUGUAUGUUUUUGUUUUUUUUCAUUAUUUUUUUCUCUACAGUUGUUUAUUGUUUUGAUUCAAACGGUUUGUGUGGCUGUCUGCAGGCUGGAACUAAAUGCUGCAGAUUAAAAUCUCAACUGUGACCUAACUGUGGCUAACUGUGAAUCUGCUGCAGAGCUGCCCAUCAAGCCUCUUUCCUCUUCAGACUCUAGAUUCUUGUGUCUCGGUUGGUUUGUUUCUCUCUGUCUUUUAUGUCCGUCUCAGUUUUUUUGUUAUUUCAAAAGUUGAGAUCAGCCUUUUGUUAAGCUACCUUUUGGUUUUGGAGAUAUUUUAGUGUAUAUACAACACAUCUUUUUACUUUUCCACCAAACAUAUAUUUCAGUUUUUUGUCAUGUUACAGUUAUAAAGGUUUGGUUGAUCUGAUUGAUGUUGUAAUUCCAUGUUACCUGACAAUUUCUUGUAUUUCUUUUUACUCUUUUUUUUUUUUUCAUGAGUUGUUGGCUUUAAGCUUGAUGUUAUAUCCAAAUGUAGAUUGGUAGAGUCUACAAAGAUAUGAAAAUAAUCUAUCCCUUUUUAGCCAAAGUGAUCUCUUGGAACAAGAGAAACAUGGCUUUCUUAACUACAGAUUCUGACAAAGCCCAUAUAUUAAACCACAUUCACAACAUGUGAUAUUUAUUAUAAGCCUCACCGUAGAAUCUACCUUAUAUGAUCCGCCACAGUUAUAUGAAAAUCUGUAUUGUUGAACUGCUAUGCUCUAGAAAUUCAAAUGCAGUAGUUAGAUUCACACAAAUCAUUUACAUUGAAUGCACUUUAAAGUUCUUGGCAAUUCUUCAAUCUUAAGGAAAUGUAUUUGUGGUAUACGUCCUUUUCAAAAUGUGUUUAUAGAAUAAGGCCUAAAACUAAUUGUAUUAUUAUGAAGCACCUUAGAAAACUUUGGUUUUAUUGUUUUGUGGUGAGAGGAAGUUAUAGGAUAUGAUUUAGUUUUGUCUGUCAGAUGUGCCCCUGUCAUGCCAAUCUUCAUAACAACUUAAAUAGAUUGAAUACGUUCAACUACUCCUGAUAAGUAGUAACACCACUACUUCUAAAUAUUAAAACCUUAAUGGAUAAAUUAGGCCGUUACGGCCUCCCUCAUGGCCUCCUGAACAAUAUAUGACCUACUUGACAAAUUUACAAGCAAAGGUAAACAAGUCAUAGCUUAUAAGCCCAAAACAGAAAUCACCAAGCUAAAGAUAUUUAACUAUGAAAUGUGCAAGCUGACUGGAAUAUGUGCUUUAACUUAAUGUGUGAAAAUGCUGGUUAUGUAUAGAUAUGACUUAUAUAGAGAUAAUGUGUAUUUUUACAAGUGAGUGGUAACUGUAAGCCAAAGUAUUGAAGGCUGAGAUCAAGCUAAAGAAGGCGGGAUGCUGACUGAGGAAUCAGCGGGGUUUGCACAAAAAUGGCUAAAGCCAAGGUGAUAGAGCUUAGUGAAUCUUAAGUCACAAAAAUUGUGACAUUAAUAUUAUUUUUCUUUUGUUUAAAAAAAAAAAAAUCCCUUUUUCAGUAUCUUUGAAUUUUUUGUUUUACUUGUACAGACCAACGUGAGGUUAAUGUGCGCUAACAUGUAUUGAAAAUACAUGUGAUUUAAAAGAAAGAAAAGAUUUCUGCUGUGCAAAGCAAUCAUGCUGAAAUUCUGACACAUUGUUAUGUGGUGUGUUUGUGUUUGUUUCUUUGUUGUUUGAUGCCAAAAGGGUGUGUGGUUAAAAUCAUGCUUUAAGACAGAGCAUUAAUAGAGCUAUUACAUCAUCUUGAAAUGUUAACUUCUUUUAUAGGCUGUUUUCCUGGAGCGCGAUUAAGCCUAAUCCUUUAACUAAAACCAUCUUUAGUGGAUGAAAGCUGUAUGGAAGUACUGUAUGUUUUUAACCCAGAUUUUGAUUAAUCUCUGUCAAAUGUUCCAAGUCACUUGCAGAGGAGCAGUUUGGGUUGUAGCUGCAUAUUGGAGCCAUUAAUGGAUGAUAUAGGCUAGUUUGGCUCUGUAUCACCACACCAGACCUUCCAGUACUCUCACUGUCACACUCAAGUAGCGAUAAGGAGGAAAUGUAACCUCUCUGGCUCUGUGAUCCUCUUCCUGUGCCACCUCUAUUUCCUCACUCCCCUGACAUUUAUAUGGACUGGAUUUCAAAAUGCAAAUGUAUCAAGAUAAAAGCAAAUCCUAUUGCUAGCUUGGUGUUUUGGCUUAUGUUGUGAACACCCGUCAAAGUUUUGGAAGUCGGGGAGCUUUAUGUUGCUUUUUGACAGUUCGCUUUUUGACAGUUUGAUUGGGAAAGAAAGCGAUUAGCUUUAGCUUCCCUGUGUGGAACAAGAUAAAUGGUUUCAUCCUGCAGUUUUCACAACUAAGUGUACACAAUAAAAAUAACUCUCUGAGCCUCAGAUACAAUGUCAGACUUACUCAAAGUAAGAAAACAAACAUGAGGAACACAUUGUUGGGCCUAUAUUUUUCUUAAGGUAUCAGUAACUUUGUAUACAAUCCACAAACCGGUUCUACUUCAUCUAACUUCACCGUCCUACCUCAUUGUUGCUCUGGUGUUUGUUUGUCAGUGACUGUAAACUAUGUGUGUAUAUUAAAAAAAAACUAUAGGAAAGAUAUACCUGGUAACUCAACAUGUACAGCAUAUAAAACUUGUAAAACACCUCAGUACACGAUAUCAUUCUUAGGAGAAAUCAGUUUUAUUACCUGCUUAAAGAUGCUGCUCUAAAGGGGUGUCUGUGUGAGGGGUCGUCUCUGAAUAUAUAUCUUCGCUCUUUGCUAUGUCGUGCAGUUGAUCAGUGGUUGUGUUCUGUCUCUGUAUUGCAUUCUGAGAUUUUUACUGGUUGACGGUGCUACCAGCAAACAGUUCAAAAGCUGAUCUGUCUCUCGGACCUCAAAUGGUGCUGUUUUUCUAUGUUUUUAUCCUCAUAAAGCUAUGUUUUAUUCAGGUGUGUCAACCGCCACUAUCCCCUCAGCUAAUCAAAUUGUAAGCCAAAAUACAUUGCUCAACGAUAAACCUGCUAUUACUGUAUCAACUAUAUGCUAUCCAUCCAAAUAUUGUAGAUAGUGAUUAUAUCCUCAGCUGUGAUUUUCAGAAGUACCUCAGAACUUGCUGAUUUUCAAUGGAUGCAUCUGCUUCUAGCACCUGUUGUCUACCGAUAUUACUUUGUUGCAGUGAAUUUCAGAAAUAUGCAUUUUUACUGGUUAGAUCAGGUUCACUAUAAAUAGUACAUGACUAUUAUAUCACACUCAGAUGACCAAUAGAUUUAAGGGUUACACUGUUCACUGGUUGCAUGCCAGGUUGUCAUGUAAGAAAUCUCCGUUGGAUUGGGAAGUGUUUGUAACAGUCGACGAGUUCCUCAGCAAAACCAUGAUGUGUUUGGUCCAGUUUGUCUGACAGAAGCAGGAUUCCAUUGGUAGUUCUGUUGAUGGUUGAAAAAUGCUAAACAUUGGAAGUGGUAUAAGACAUUUUCAAGUAUGAAAUGUGUCAAGAAUGUAGAGUUAAUGAUGUAGGUUUACCCCUCCCUGAUUCUGAUACCAAUACUUAGUAUUGUCCCAUACCAAUGACUCCUCUGAUACUCUACUAUCUGAAAACAUGAUGUCGUUGAAAAAUACCGAUAUCUGACAUAUUGCAAGCUGUGACUGAGGUUACCCUCUCUGCUAACACCACAGUGUGUAUUUGAGUUUUGACGUUACCAAAAAAAAUUUUAGGGGUAUAAUUGGUUAUGAUAUCAGAACAGUGCAUUUAUUACAUUACUGGUGACUGAUACCAAUACCAGUAUCUGUAUCUGGGGCCAAUACUAGCACAAGCCCAUUGACUAGUGGAAUUUAUGGCCGUAUCAGUGGUUGAUACCACUACCAAUAACCGUAUCAGAGGCCGACAAGGUUACCACAAUGAAAAUGGAACAUUGAUUGGUGUAUUUGCCAUUACCAGUUUUUCCUCACAAAGACUGUUCAGGGUGUUUCACUUGUCUGAGUUAGAAUGAGUGAUUCCUGUUACCACUGUCACUUUUGUAAUCCCCAAAGUGUUGUCUUCUGUUAAUACAGUUCAACUGUCCUCAGUGUUAGUAAAUAGAAAUUACUGUCGCAAUUUGUUUAUGAUUGACUCCUCGUGAACCCAAAUCAAUCAUUGAAAGAUUGCAUACAUUUUUCUCCCUGCACAGUGACGCCAAUGGAAUCUUUUUUGCCCCAAAUUGUUGGAGGUAUGCUCAGUUGUCAGUUUGUAUGUAUGUAUGCAUGUGUUUUGUUUAUUGCUUUUUUUACUCUUACGAUGUCUGUGAACAUGUAUCAUGCUGAGGAGCUCCUCUCUACUGUGAUCAUUAUGUGUGUUCAAACACACAGCAGUUGGUUUCUUGGAAGCUCUUAAGCCAUUCGUUGGACUGUUUCAUAAUGGUUCAAUUUUAAGCUUUGCUCUGGUCCAGGGAGUUGACCCGGGGAGUUUUGUGUCUAAAUGAAUUCCUAUGCAGGUGUGGAGUUGUGAUCACCUGGUACCACAUCACUGUUGGGUGAGGGGCCAACCAGGGGGGAGAUAACUGGGGAGCGUUCAAAACCUUUGAAUGUGUCUGGAAAGCCUUGAGAUAAAGUCAAAGUGGACAAUGGCGACAUGACAAAUCAGUACAGAACUAUUACAACAUUUUCAUACUCACUAAGCUGAAUUAAACUGGGCUAUACGGGGCUGCUUGAAAAUGUUUAUAACAGUUAUAACUGCAUUGCAUUAGGGGAAACCAGGGUUGUUACUGAGUGGAGUGUUUUCAGUUGGUAUGAUAAUGUGAAAAGAAUUUGCAGUAAAAACUCCCUCACCCUACUUUAGCCUCCCAGAGGCAUCCGUACAUUUACAGAAGAUGUUAUAAGUAUAUGCGAUAGAGAGUGUUUAUGUCUUUGCUAAACCGGCCACACCUCUGCUAUGCGAGCAACUCUUUGACGCUUAGCAUCCUGUUUUGUGUUUUCUCUUGCUGCAUUCAGGAACACCUGUUUAAUGUAUAGAUAAACUGAAAUAAAUCCAGACUUUUAUUCUAUCAGCACAAA